AUGGCGGACCAUAAGAAGGUAGAUAUCGAAAGCGUUGAUAAAAAAACGGAGCCAAGUGAGGAAGACAAAAUGGCCAAUAUUCAAAUGUACUCAAAUCAAAAGCAGCCUUUACUCAAUAUUGCAGAUCCGCAUGUGAUUAGACCAAGUAACCCAACUGUGGCCGGCUUGAACAUGAAAUACGUCUCGUUGAUUCUUCUCGUCGUGCAAAAUGCUUCCCUGGCGUUGACGAUGCGCGCUGCUAGAACUCAGACUGGGGAUAUGUUCUUGUCUACUUCUGCUGUCUGCAUGGCCGAAAUUACAAAAGUGCUCGUUUGUCUGAUCAUCAUCCUCCACUCGUUCGGCUGGAACAUCCGAAACUGGACCGGCCACAUCAAAGAAGAAAUCUUCGACAAACCGAUGGAAACCCUCAAAGUCGCCGUCCCCGCCUUCAUCUACACCGUCCAAAACAACCUCCUGUAUGUUUCAAUUUCCAACCUCCCCGCCGCCGUCUUCCAGGUCUCUUAUCAACUCAAAAUUCUCACCACCGCCAUGUUCUCGAUUACCAUGCUUGGCCGAAGUCUCAUCAGAACUCAGUGGCUCUCGCUUUUGAUCCUCUUUGCCGGAAUCGCCAUCGUCCAAGUUCAAAAUAUCGGUAGCUCGAACAGCACUGAAGGACAGAGCCCCUUCAUUGGAUUCAUGUCCGUCAUUCUGGCGUGUACCUUCUCCGGUUUCGCAGGUGUCUACUUCGAAAAAGUGCUCAAAGGAUCAAAAGCUUCCGUAUGGCUCCGAAAUGUUCAGCUUGGAAUUUUCGGCUCCAUCAUCGCCUUCAUCGCCGCUUAUUUGAAGGACGGAGCUGAGAUUCAGGAGAAAGGAUUCUUCUUCGGAUACAAUAAGCUCGUCUGGUGUGUUGUUGCCAAUCAGGCUUGCGGAGGUCUUCUGGUCGCCAUGGUUAUCAAGUACGCCGACAACAUCCUCAAGGGUUUCGCCACCUCCCUUUCGAUCGUCCUUUCUUCGAUCCUCUCCGUUUUCCUUUUCGAUUACAGCAUCACCCUCAUGUUCACGUUCGGUGCCUCCCUCGUCAUCGGUGCCGUCUACCUUUAUUCUAUCCCAGCCAAAAAUAAAAAAGCAAUCAUGUCAUUCGGAUCAGAAGCACUUUUCACAGCAUUUGACAAUGAAGGCUGGAACUCCAAUAAAGCGCCAACGAUCGAGGAGGCGUAUAAGGAGCUGCCGCAGAAAACGAACAAGGACAAGCUAUACGAGUUGGAGCUUGAAAACGAAAAAUUGAAACGCAUUGUCGGAAUUCUUACGCCUUCAAAACCAAUUAAAGAUCAAGACGACGGUCCACUUUGCCAAAUCAAUUUCUUCCACAACCAGCUUUCGCGUUACUACAAAAACGACCUGAUAAAGCUCAUCACGGAUUUUCUCCUCGAAAAAGAAGCCUCCCGAAAAGACGAUCUUGAAGCUUACCCCCGGCAAAAAUCAGCAGUUUGCUUACCAAGCCGAGGGGAGGAUUAUGACGAGUUUGUGGUCAUGCAGAGUGUGCACAUCUUUCCUGAUGGCCACAUUUUGGACAGAAUUGGCGAGCCUCUGGACAAGAACUCCAAUCCCGAGUCCUCCAACUGGAUAAUUCCAAGCUACGAGACGUUGUACAAAGACAUGCUCACUGAAAACAUAGAAGACGACACUGCCAAGCUGGAGAAGCAGAAGAACAAGAUUUUCAACGUCUGCUUCAACUGUGGCUCCGACCAGCACGGAAUCGCCAACUGUCCCGAGGAAAAGAACCCCGAAGAAAUCAACAAGCGAAAGCAAGAGUUUCAAAAGGCAGUUGGAAACACUCCUAAACGAGCGGGGACGAAAGCAAGACUCUUUGAAGUGGGAGCGGGUCAUACGAACAACAAGAGAUUUUCUUCCUUCAAGCCAGGGGUGAUUUCCGAUGAAUUGAAGGAAGCAAUGGAUUUGAAAAAAGAUCAGUUACCGCCUUGGAUCCCAGUCAUGCGAGUAGAAGGUUACCCGCCAGGAUGGCUCGCAGUAGCAGAGGUUCGAAAAGCAACAGUGAGCGUAAACGAAGAAGGGCAAAUCAACGAGCUGAACCCGCAACUUGGCGAUGGCGAUGAAUCAUCAGAUUCGGAGGACGAAAGCAAGAAAACAGAACUCGUCGGUCUUGACGUGUCGAAGAUCAUUGAAUACCCGGGCUUCAAUAUGCCAAUGCCAAAGGGAGUCAAGGAUCCGUCAAAGCCAAAGUGGAACAAAACCCAGUCAAAGAAAAACUUCAUCGACUAUUAUUUGCAAGCAAACAGAUGCGAAAGAAUUCAACGAAAACGAGCUGCGUCGGAUGAUUCCAAUAGUUCCAAUCCUUCCAAAGUUCCGAAACUGGAGCUGGAAGAAGAGGAAGAAUUCGAAGAUGUAGAUGAGCUGUUCCAACCUGGAUGGGUCAAAAAGGAAGAGCCAGAAGAGGAAGAAGAAGGAGUCACUGAAAAAGGGCUGCCAAGAAGAAAUAAGUGGCAAACUGGCGUUGUUGCAUUCGCCCACGAUGCUUACCAAGUUGAGCCGACCAAGACUGGCGCGUACAAGAAGCUAAAGAAAACGCUAAAGAAGACACCAAGAAAAGAUGCAUCAAAGAAAGAACCCGUCAAAAAAGAACCGGUAGAGAUUGUUGAUGAAUCGAUGGUGAUAUCCGACGAUGAAGGAGAAGUAGUAGAAGUUAGGGAAAGUGAUGAAGAACAGGAGAAGAAAGAAGAAAGUGGCGAUGAAUUCGACACGACAGCUGAAAUGGAAGAAGACGGCGAAGACGGAGAAGUUCAGGACUAA